CCUAUUUGUAUUCCAUGUUGUAUUCAAAAGUAAACACAUGUAACAGAUGACUGUAGUUUUUACCCACAGAGGUGAUGGCAGCCAUGUAUCAGCGUGUUGUGUUGUUUUACAACAGCUACAUCAAACAUUACCUGUUUCCUCAAGCUGAGGAGUCCAACGAAGGAUAUCAGAACCAUCACAAGAAGAAAAUUCAAAUAGCAGGUCAGGCUAUUCAGAACCCUACACUGCCACUGGAUAUAAGGCUGCAGGCAGUCCAGGACAUUGGAUUACUGGCAUACACUGGUAGGCUACUGUACUGUGCUGUUUACAUUUCAACAUACUUUAACAAUAACUUGAUGUUUCCAUUGUCCAUGACCCAGGAGCUGAUGGAUCCAGCUAGUCCCCUGUCCACCAGAGCCAAACUGUGGAGCUGCUACCUCCUCAACACCCUGUGCUACAACAACGUCCCAGCGAUCCGCAGACUCAUGAGCUCACAGAGCCUCAGGGGGAGCCUUGAGGUCCUGGAGGGAGAAGACUGGUUUGGCUGGCCCAAGAACCAUGCCCAGGAACUGCUUUGCAUUCUCGGGUUCUGGCCAACACAAUGA